AUGAGCGAAACCAACAACGACCAACAAGAUCGACCUCCCCACCAUCGACGAGUCGGAGACGAGGAAGAUCGACCUCCUCACCAUCGACGAGUCGGAGACGAGGAGGAUCGACCACCCCACCACCGACGAGUUGGAGACGAGGAAGAUCGACCACCUCACCACCACCACCGACGAGUUGGGGACGAGGAAGAUCGACCUCUCCACCAUAGACGAGUCGGAGACGAAGAAGAUCGACCUCCUCACCAUCGACGAGUCGGAGACCAGGAAGAUCGACCACCCCACCAUCGACGAGUUGGAGACGAGGAAGAUCGACCUCCCCACCAUCGACGAGUCGGAGACGAAGAAGAUCGACCUCCCCACCAUCGACGAGUCGGAGACCAGGAAGAUCGACCACCCCACCAUCGACGAGUUGGAGACGAGGAAGAUCGACCUCCCCACCAUCGACGAGUUGGAGACGAGGAAGAUCGACCUCCCCACCAUCGACGAGUCGGAGAUGAGGAGUAA